UAAACAAUAUAUAAAGAGUUGUGUCAUGGUAACAUUGAAGCUGUAUUCGAGAUUCAUACAACACAAUAUGGAAUUCAAAAGUGGUAUUAUUGUGCUUCAUCUAUUUCUAAUAAUCCUAAUUCAAACGCAAAUCAGAGCCGUUAUUUCACUCAACCAAGACUCUCUCUCAUCCGUCGAUCAAAAACGCCGUCACUUAACCGUAGAAACGUUGUCAUAUUUUAAGCGAAGAGAGCUUGCAGGCGGAGGAGGUAGCAGCGGCGGUGGCGGUUCUCGAGGCGGUUCUUCAGGUGGAAGCAGUGGUGGUGGAGGUUCUCGAGGUGGUUCUUCAGGUGGAAGCAGCGGUGGUGGCGGUAGUCGCGGAGGUGGAGGUGGAAGCCGUGGUUCUGGAGGUAACAAGGGUGGAAGAGGUGGAGGCCGUGGCGGAGAUGAUGGUGACAAUGAUAGUGGAGGCGGUAGCGGCGGAAAUAGUGGUCCUGGUACUACUACGACUACGACUACUACUCAAGGUGGCCGAUUUCCAAACGGUGGAGCUCAUCUUCAAUAUUCUUUAGUGGUUUUCAUCUUCAACAUAUGUUUAGUUUUCUUAAGUUUUAGGUUUUAGUGUUUUUUUUUUCUUCUCUUUCCUCUUAAUUGAUAUCUGUUUUCGUAUAAUGAUUUGUUUGGUUACGUAACUUACGUGACUUAGAUUGUUUGGUUAGAUUGAGAACCAAGAUAGUGAUUUACAUUUUCUAAUCUGAA